AUGUUUCACAGGAUACGGUCAAAACAAGAACCCAAACUAUGGUUCAUGUCCGACUAGAAUUUAUUUAGAAGAGUAUGUUGAACCGACUCCGAAAAGACGAAAAAGACCCAAACGAGGUAGGAAGCCAAAGGCAAAUACUUACCAAACGCCGUAUGUUGAAAGAAGUGAGAACAUAUAUCCAAGACCUGAUUCAUCUUACAGAGCACCUCCUGCCCCCCGUCAGUCAGAGUACUACCGCGUUACGUGCCCUUGCGAAUUUCAACAAUACACAUACUGCCCAACGUAUAUACCUGGAUAUACAAAAUCUAAGGGCUGUAGGUAUAACGGACGAUUUUAUGCAGAGGGAAGCUCGUUCCCGUCCACUGAUGGAUGCAA